GUAUCUUCCUUGCUUGCUUGCUUGGUUGCCAUGGGGAUUCUUAGAGAUGACGACUCAGAGGAUCGCCGGAGGACCAAGAGAAUCAAAUGCCACGACCAUCAGAAUGACUACGACUACGACUAUGACCACGAGUUCGGUGAUGUAGAAGAGGAGGAAGAGAGUGGUACUGGAUUUUCGUUGAGGUUAGGUGAUUUUUUCAAUCCGAUGAUUCCGACUUCUAUUGUCGUUUCGGAUGCUAUGGAACCGGAUUUUCCUAUAAUCUAUGUUAAUAAAGUCUUCGAAUCCAUCACCGGUUAUCGCGCCGAUGAGGUCCUUGGCCGGAACUGCCGUUUCUUACAGUACAGAGACCCCCGAGCCCAAAGACGGCAUCCUUUGGUAGACCCUGUUUGUGUUUCAGAGAUCAGAAGAUGUCUUGAUGAAGACAUUGAUUUUCAGGGAGAGCUUCUGAACUUCAGAAAAGAUGGUACUCCACUGGUGAACCGGCUAAGACUUGCUCCCAUACACGGUGAUGAUGGCAUAGUCACACACAUAAUAGGCAUUCAGGUAUUUACUGAAGCCAAAAUCGAUCUAAAUAGUGUUUCAUACCCUGUUUUCAAAGAAACUUGCAAGAAGCAAUGUGAUCAAGAGACGGGUAAAUACUCCCCAAAGAGUGGAGAAAUGAAGUAUAUAGAGAGCCAGGAGAUAUGUGGAAUUCUUCAACUUUCUGAUGAAGUAAUGGCUCAAAACAUUUUGUCACGCUUGAUGCCUAGAGAUGUUGCUUCGAUUGGAUCCGUUUGUACAAGGAUUCGUCAACUGACCAAGAACGAGCAUGUCAGAAAAAUGGUGUGCCAAAAUGCUUGGGGAAGAGAUGUAACGGGUGCAUUGGAACACAUGACGAAAAAACUAGGGUGGGGCCGUCUUGCUCGGGAACUCACCACUCUUGAAGCUGUUUGCUGGAAGAAACUCAGAGUCGGAGGCGCGGUAGAGCCUUCACGCUGCAAUUUCAGUGCGUGUGCUGCUGGGAACAGACUCGUUCUCUUUGGAGGCGAAGGCGUUAACAUGCAGCCAAUGGAUGAUACGUUUGUCCUCAAUCUCGAUGCUGCAAAUCCCGAGUGGCGGCAGGUGAGUGUGAAGUCAGCCCCACCAGGUCGGUGGGGCCACACGCUAACCUGUCUCAAUGGAUCUUGGCUAGUCAUAUUCGGUGGCUGUGGAAAACAAGGAUUGCUCAAUGACGUCUUCAUUCUCGACCUCGACGCCAAACAGCCGACAUGGAUCGAAGUCUUUGGCGGUGGUGGUCAACCGCCACCCCGAUCCUGGCACAGCUCAUGCACCAUAGAAGGGUCGAAACUAGUCGUCUCCGGUGGGUGCACCGAUGCCGGAAUCCUUCUCAACGACACAUUUUUGCUCGAUCUCACGAUGGAAAAACCAAUGUGGAGAGAGAUUCCGGCCUCCCCAAUCCCACCAUCUCGACUCGGACAUUCGCUCUCCGUUUACGGACGGACCAAGAUUCUUAUGUUUGGUGGGCUAGCCAACAGCGGUCACCUAAGGUUAAGAUCAAGUGAGGCAUAUACCAUAGACCUGAUGGAUGAAAAGCCUGAAUGGAGGCUAUUGGAAUGCAAUGGGUUCACAGGGGUUGGGACCCAGAGUGCAGUGGUUCCACCGCCCCGGCUGGACCACGUAGCGAUGAGCAUGCCGUGUGGGCGUGUUAUAAUAUUUGGCGGUUCAAUAGCGGGAUUGCAUUCACCUGCUCAGGUGUUCUUAUUGGACCCAGCAGAAGAGAAAGCAUCAUGGAGGCUCCUAAAUGUGCCUGGUCAACCACCAAAAUUUGCAUGGGGUCAUAGUACAUGUGUGGUGGGGGGUACGAGGGUUCUGGUGCUGGGUGGUCAUACAGGCGAAGAAUGGGUUCUUAAUGAGCUGCAUGAGUUGUGCUUGGCCAGCAAGCAGGAUGUGGAGCCAUGAAUCAAGUUAUAUAUAUACAUAUAUAUAUAUAUAUAUACGUAUAUAUGUGUGUGUGAGAUUAGUGAUAGUUGUCAAUUUAAUUGUAGGAUCGAUUGAGUUUUUGUAUUUGUGGUUUGUAAGUUUCUUUUUUUAACCUUUGUAUCUUGUUAAUAUAUAUAGUUACAUUUGA